GCAGACAAGCAUAUAAACAGAGACCACCUGUUUCCAGGGCCCAUAUGUGGAAAUAUCUCCUGGUGAACGGUCAACAAUCAAUAUUGUUCAUUUAAUUUUCUUUCGGGUCAUUAAUUUUUUCAUUCAGGUUCAGUUUUUUGUGGAGCAUUGGGUUAUUUCAUUGUUGACUUCUGGGUCUUGUCUGUUUUUUCUUUCUUGGAAGAUGGGGUUGGUUGAAUCACGUUUCAUUAGUUGAUGUAUAGCGCAAUUUGCGUGAUUGCUCUUCAUUUAUUUAUCAUUUUAUCUGCACCUCUUGAGAUACUGGAAGCUGGAAUCACUCUGGUGAAUUUGAACUCAAUUUCCAAACGAUUUUUGUUUCAAAUAAUCUGUGAGCAUGUUUCGCCUCUGGAGCAGUUCCCAUCACCAAGACAAUGAUCCGUUGCAGCAUGAAGUGAAGAUCAACGAGCUGAAGGCUGCAAUUGGACCGCUAUCUGGGCGUAGUUUACAGUUCUGCACUGAUGCGUGCUUCAGGAGAUAUUUGGAGGCAAGGAAUUGGAACGUAGACAAAGCCAAGAAAAUGUUGGAAGAAACACUUAAGUGGAGAUCAACCUACAAGCCUGAGGAAAUCUGCUGGCGCGAAGUUGCAAAUGAGGGUGAGACUGGAAAAGUUUACAGAGCAAGUUUUCGUGAUCGUAGCGGGAGGACUGUUCUUAUACUGAGACCAGGAAUGCAGAACACGGUAUCAAUAGACAAUCAAAUGCGUCAUCUAGUCUAUCUCAUAGAGAAUGCUGUCUUCAACCUUCCCGAGGGCCAAGAACAGAUGGCGUGGUUGAUAGACUUCACCGGGUGGACACUAAGUACUACUGUGCCUGUCAAAUCUGCACGAGACACCAUCAAUAUUUUACAGAACCACUACCCUGAGAGAUUAGCCGUAGCGUUUCUCUACAACCCCCCGCGGAUUUUUGAAGCAUUUUGGAAGAUUGUCAAGUACUUCUUGGACAACAAGACAUUCCACAAGGUCAAGUUUGUUUACCCCAAGAAUAAAGACAGCGUGGAGCUUAUGAAGCAAUAUUUUGAUGAGAAAAAUCUCCCUACUGAGUUUGGAGGGCAUGCCAUACUAAACUAUGACCAUGAGGAGUUCUCGAAAUUAAUGACUCAAGAUGAUGUGAGAUCAGCUGCCUUUUGGGGUCGCGAUGACAAGCUACCACAUUAUGGUAAUGGGCAUUCUGGAGCCGAAGUGGCUCCUGAACCGGUGUGCCUUGCACCGGUAGCCAGCUGAAUCAUCACCGGAAACCUCCAUAGCAGGAGCUCAUAAGUAUAUGAGAAUAAGUGAGUUGGACUAACUGGGUGAGCUGGUAAGCUAACAUGAGCUUAGAGCCUUGCAAGCAACAAUCCGGCAGGAAUUUUAUUAGUUCCUUGGGGACCUUUUCUCUUGCAGGAGAGGUAUCUGAGUGCCUUGGCGAGAGAGACUACAUUACAACUAGACAUGUUUAGUUACUACAUUACCAUUUAAAAAACGAAGUAGCAAUCAGAUUUUAUUUUAUUAUAUUAUAUGGAUAUUGUGCCUUAUCUGAUAUAUACCUCUCAAAUCCUAUGCCAAAGUGAUAGGAUCAUUUGACUUCAACUGAGAAAUUAAAGCA